GCUACUUUUAAUAUCCAAUCAAGUAGCGUAAGAAACGGAUUGAAAAAAACUAUCUAACUUUACUAUCUAUGUUUAUAAGAUUGAAGCAUAGCGUAACCUACGCAGUCGUAAAGUGGCGAUGGCGUUUUGUGUUUUAUAUUCAUUUGUGAAUAAAAUCUGGAAUUUAUGCGCAUUUUAUAAUACGAUAUCAAUCUAUAAUUAUAGUUUUUAUCUUUUCAAAGAUCUUCGAGAUAUCAUUGUUUCCUCGUUAUAAUAUUAUCGAAGAUUAAAAAUUAGGCCAUCGUUAUUACGAGAAUCUAAAAAAUAUUAAAGAAGAAGCCUUCCUCAUUAAGGGAACAGCCGGCGAACGUGACUCAGUUUAUUCAUCAAAUGCAAUAUUUUCAUGUUAACGACAACAUAUUAUUGAGAAUAGAAGUUGAGACAACAGAUGCGUUAGAUACUGAAUACGUACAAAGCAUUCAUAGAAAUGUCUGAUAUAACAAAAAUUGAAGAUUCACUGAUGGAAACACAGGAAACAUACUUUGAAAAUUCAAAAGAUGAUAUAGAUAAUAGUCAGGAUUUUCAACUUGUUGAUACAGAUGAAACAAAUAUGUCUAAAAAUAAAUUAGAAGAAAUUCAAUCCGAGACUGAUAAUUCAGAAACUAAAGGCGAUUCUAAUGCGCAGCAGAAUAAAUCUCUGGAAGAUAUUGCAGUUGAAGAUGCAAAGAGUAAGGUAGAAAAGAUAAGCGAAGUUGUUAGGGAUGAAAAAGUAAAUACUGAAGAAGAUAGUUGUAAACUCGAUAACCAAAAGGAUGAUACAGAUGAGGAAAAUGAUAUCAUUGAAGGUACACCUCCUGAUAUGUUGUCUUCAUCUAAAAAAGAAUUUCAUGAUAUAUCAGAAAGUGGAAGUAGUCUUAAACGUAAAAUGGAUUCUCCUGAUAAUUCGGUUACUAAAUUUUUGAGAAGUUCAUCCUUGGAAAAUGCAUUAAGUUUAGAGAAAAGUAAAUUUCAUAGCAACGAUAGUCAACAAUCAAAUGAAUCAGAUGACUCUCAACCAAAUAUUGCAAGAAAUUGUAUAAUAUCAAAUGUAAUAAUAGAAGAAACUCAGGAUGUAGAAGGCGAAGAACUUAUGGAAUCGAGUAAAAAAACUUCCGAUAUGAUCUUAAAUGAAGCCAAAGAUGAUCAAAACUGUGAAUCAUGUUCUGUACAGACAUUAUUAGAUAAGAAUGAAAACAAUGCUAACAAACUUUUUGAAAUAAAUCAAAACGAAACUGUGAACAAUCCUACUACAUCUGAUACAGCUGAUAAUGUAGUAACUACUACUACCACUGUUGCUACUGCGUCUUUUACUACUACUAGUACUACUCUUACUACUAGUACUACUGUUAGUACUACUGUUAGUACUAGUACUACUCCUACUACUAGUGCUACUCUUACUACUACUGCUACUACUACUGCUACUACUACUGCUACUACUACUAGUACAAAUGAUACAGAUAAAGAAAAUACGUCAGAUGCUGUAUCAGUGACAAAAAAGGGUGAAGAAGAAUUAUCUGAAAGUCAAGAAAUAUCACUAAUCGAUGUAACCGGGAAGAAUAAUUUAAAUCCUGAUAUAUCAGACAAUUCUAAAGAAACAAAUGAACAAGAUGUAUGUACUUCUUCAAGUAAAAAAGAUGAUAAAAGUUCAACAUCUAAAGAUAUCGAUGAAGUUAAUUUAGAACAUAAGAACAAUAUUAAUGAAGAAAUAGUAGUAGAUGAAACAAUAGUAAACAAAGAGCAACCUGUUGCAAGUACUUGCCCAAAUAAAUCACGUAAGAGUAUUGAAGUGGUUUAUGAUAAAGCAACUAUGCUGCAGAAUAAAAAAAUUAGACCAACAUUAGUUGAAAUUGACGAAGAUGGAGAAAAAAUUAUUUUAGAUUCAUCGGAAGAAAAUUGUAUAGGAAAAAUAGGAGAAAAGGAAGUUUUUGAUACUACAAAUACUACAAAUAAUUUUAUUAGUUGUUAUGAUAAUACAUCAAAUAGUGAUUUCAGUUAUAAAUCUAUAAUUAACAGUAAAGAAUCAUCAGAUUUUAAAUCUGAUAAACAUCAUUUUAAUGGAAGUAGUGAAUGUAAGAGAAGUGAUACAGAUGGUACGGCAAGUGUAGAAUCAGAUACAUUUAAUAAUGAAUUGCCUUCUUCUGUUUUUAAAAAUGAUAAUAACUUACUUUCUUUAAACAAAGAAAUGAAAAUAUCUACUUCUGGAUCUAAAAGGAACGAUCAUACAGAUUUGAUAAGUAUAAGUGAUAACGAACAUGAUGUUUCACUUAUAGAUGAUAAUAGUAAUAGUAAAUCUGAGUUAAAUAAUGCAAAUUUACAUACAAAAGUUUUACAAGUAGAAAAAGAAUUUGGUAUAUAUGUAAGAUUAAAAUGUUCUUUACGUUAUGAUGAAAGUACAAAAGAAAUCGUGAAUAAGGAAUUAACAAGUGUUCAUUGUGAACCCUUAGCAGAACUUUCAUCCUUACGCUUAAAACAGGAUGAUGUUUCUGCUUCAUUAGCUGAUAUUUCUGGAAACGAUAACAAAGAUAAUUCUCCAGGAUCUGUUAACAGUAAUCCGCAAUUGUUUCAGUUAAAUCCUUCAAGACUUUCUAUUCUUUCAUCAGUUAGCUCUUCUAGCUCAGCAUCUAGCGCUGCUUCUUUAAUGAAUAAACUUCGAGAUCCACGUUUUCAACUACCUCUAGGUCCAGCUAAACAUGCAAAAAAGACAGUAUCUGGAUCAUCAGCAUCACAAAAACAAAAUCGAGAUGAAUCAUAUGAAAGAUUAACUAAAGAAUGGAAGAACAGUCAUUUGUUAAUUACAGCUAUUUUAAAUUAUUUAAAUUCAGAAGUCAGUAUGCUUGAUACUUUAUAUAACCUAAAUAAUGAAAAUGAUAGUCUUCAAAAAAUAAGGUCUUCCACGCCAGAAGAUCAAGAAGAAAUAGUAAUGCAAACAACUACUCCAAAAAGUUCGAGGAAAAAUAGAGCGCCUAAAAGAUCUCGAUGUAAAAGUAAUAAAUCAGCAGCAGCAGCAGCAUCAACAUCAGGUGUACAAUCAAAUGGAGAUUGUAAAAUUGCACAAAAAGAUAUAAUUUCUAUGCAAGAAAAUAACGAUACUCCUAUUAGUAAAAAGAAGAGUAAAAUAGAUAAAACGAGUAGUGAUACUCCAUUAAGUACAACUGCUUCACUUACAAAAAACGUAUCAUAUAUUAAUGAUGAAUUGGUUGGUAAAGAAGUAUUUGCCAAAUGGUCAGAUAAUAAUUAUUAUCCAGGCAUAGUUACAGAAAAGUCUAAAUUAAAAUAUAAAGUCAAUUUUUACGAUGGAAAAAAUAAAUUACUCAUAGAAGAUUUUAUUAUACCAAUACCAAAGACUUUAAAAGAAGGCUUAUCAGUUUAUGCGACUACAGCCGAGGACGAUUAUGGUUCCUGUGGAUUAAUAGUUGAAAUUGAAAAUCUUAAUAAUGAUAUAUAUUAUUUGGUAGAAACAGAUGAAGGUGAAAAAGUUAAAGUCCAAGUCAAAGACAUCUUUUUGUCAUCGGAUCAAGCGUUAGUAUUAAAGGAAGAAGUGUAUGAAAAAAUAAACAACCUUCCGGUUACGCCUAAGAUUUCUGGUCAAAUAAGUUUAGAUAAUAUGAUAGAUGGAAAACGGCGUUCUAAAAGAAUUGCUACACCUACAUUAUCUACGCCAAAAUCUAAGAUAUUGGCUGGUAGUUCUAUUGAGAAAAAUAUCAAUAUAUCGGAACCCUCUGUUUCUGGUAUACCUUCGAAAACUAAAAAGAGAGAUUCUUCUGAAAAUGAGAGUAAAUCUAGCGAUUCAAAUUUAUCUGUAAAAGAUGAAAGUCUAUUAAGUGGAGUACAAGUAGAAAUUGUUGGUACUCCAAACGAGCAGAUAGUGAAAGGACCUCAACACAGGAUAAAAGGAAAAUCGCGAAGUAAGAGAAAGGCUGAGAAUGAAGAAAUUGUUGCAGUUUUGGGUCCUAUUCCAAACAACAAUUCGACUUUAUUUAAAGGCAUGUCAUUUAUUCUUACUUGUGCAUCGUUGGAAGUACUCGAUAGGUAUAGAGCAGAUAAUAAAGAUUCUGGUUCUGAAACUGGAACAGAAAAUGAAGAAGAAUGGGUUCGCAGACCAUUUGUAAGGGACAGAUUGAGAACCCAAAUAGAAACUGCAAAGGGAAAGAUAUAUGACGAUUUUGAUUUAAUACCAAAGGAAGAGUAUAAAAACACUAAACUGAUUACAAAUGUGCCAAAUACAACAGCUAAAAAUUUAUUGUGUCUUUCGGUUGGAAUUUCUGCGUACAAUCAUAAUUGGAUUAUACAAUGUUGUCAAAAGGACACGUUAGUAAAUCCAUCAGCAUUUAUGUUACCUGCUGGAUGGAGUCUAGAAAAGGAAUCUUAUAUUGAGAAUUAUGAGAGGCCUAAUAUUAAGCCGUUAGAUCAAAUAAUAGUAAUAAUUCCAAUUAUAGAAACAGAUAAAAAGUUUACAUCAUUUUGGCGCCAAGUAUGUGAAAAUGCAGGUGCCGUAGUUUUAUUGGUGGAUAGUUCAGAAACUAUGGAGAGAUUAACAGAGGGCACAGUAGUUAUUACUAAUCGCAGAUGUCCUUUAUGGGCUGUUGCAAAAGCUGACGAAUUGCAAUUACCAUUGCUAUCUACGACAUGGGUUACUCAAUGUUUAAUCGAAGGAAAAAUCUGUGCAUAUAACUCGCAACUCCGUUACAAAUACAAUUAUAUGUAAAAAUUAAAAUCCUUCCUCUCCGACAAAGUGUUAUUGACCAUAUCUGUAAGUACAACAAAUAUAGUUAUGAACGAAGAAUAAAAAUAAAAGAAUACAUUUUGUUUAUAAGUUUCACAUUUUUUAAAAUGUUUAAUUUUUAUG